GAAAAUAAAUAUAUGUAACUUAUUUACACGAUUAAGUAACCUAGAAUACCCUUGAUACCAUCGUAAAUCAGGAAAAGUAGAUAUUUGUUAAUUCUAUACAAAACAAAAUAAGUAAAUUCUAUCGAAUUCUGUUCAAUUAUUUAUGAAAAUCUGUUGGUUAAGGAAAAGAUGAAGACAGAUAUUAAUGAUCCAUGGAGUGGAACAGAUGUUCCAGCAUCCAGUAAUGAUAAAUGUAAAAAUUGUUUCGAAGAUUCUUUUGUAGAAAAUCAAACGCAACAUAUCAAAUUAGCCGAUUCAGAGGAAUAUUUGGAAAAACUUUAUUCCAGACUUAAAAGUCUUCAAAAAGGUACAUCAAAGAAAGAUCUUGUAACAUCUUUAUUUGAAGCAAAGGAAGAUUCCAUUGCACGUUUAAUAACUUCUGGGUGUAAACUUGAAACUGAAGAAGAAAUUGAAUUUGCAUCAAAUCCUUUAAUAAGACAUAUAGCACCUCAUUUACAGGCACUAACUGCUAGCGAAUUAGUUCAUCUCUUAAAAGCAGAUGUUCUACAAGUUGUCAGUGAAUCUGCACAACAAGAAGAAAUUGCUACAGAGACAUUAAAAAAAUAAAUAAGCUGCAAAUUACCAGACAAAAGAAUAAAACAGAACUAAGGCUUUAAAAAAAUGUCGAUCAAAGUGUUAUCAGGAAAAGUAUUUUUAGUAGUCACUGGUGCAAGCCGUGGAAUUGGAAAACAACUUGCAAUAUCUGUUGGUUCGAUCCUAGAGAAAGGUUCACAUGUACUUUUAUUAGCAACAAAUCUGAA